AUGAACUUGCACCAUUUGCCGGUCGAGAUCAUGUUGUACAUUGCCGACUAUCUCGACCCAAACGACAUCUUCCAAUUUAGCCUCACAUGCAAGAGCCUUCAAUACCCCAUCUUCAACUGGUAUAUUUGUCGAACUCUGCUCCUGAAAUAUGCCCCAUUCUCACCUGAGGCCCUCGCUGCGUCGCGAGAGGUGGAUUACUCGAGGGCUUUCAGAACUCUGUGGAAGAGACGCCGAGCCACUAGAAUGGCCCAGCCAUACGCCGCGGCUCUGAUGGCGACGGAGGCUGACAGCUACAUCUACACAAAUGGCGUCCUCUGCUACACGGCGCAUCGAUCCCAGCUCCGGAUCCGCGACAUUAGGAGCUCUUCCACGCAUGAAGUUGUUAUCAACGUGCAGAGCAUGCUCUCUUCUGUUCCCGAGCGUUUAAAUCUUCGGAAAUUUCAGUUUUAUCCCAUCUACCACGCCCAUGGUAUCCUUUGCUGCAUCUACUCGAGCAGCUACAUCGGCUCUACUGUACUCCUAGUCUUGCGACCGACGACUUCUGAAAUCGUGGCAACGUGUCCAAUACCACUAAAUCAGCAUGUAGUCCUAAAUCUUGAAACGAAACAAUGGCUUUCCGAGGUGAGCCUAGGAAAUAUUCGCGGUCGCGAAGUCGGCCGCCCGGAGCUCUCCCAGCAGCAUGUCUUGCCGCUUCCGGAAUCGGGCAGUUGCUACUUCUCCGAGCUUGAAGACCAUCGGUGGAGGCAGAUGGAGAUUUCCAAGGACGAAUGUACCGGUCACUUAGGCAUCCUAGAGCUGCGGCGCGAGUUUCUCGCCCAGGGAUACCGAUCGCGCCGCACAUGCUACAGGCAGCGAAUCUACAUGGACUCUCCAUCCCGUUCCAGCCCCAGUGAUCGCCCUGACCUCUUGCACACUUACCGACCCGAUUCUAACCUACCGCGUUCGUAUCGCAUGCCCGAGGCCGUGGACAAUUACAGGGACAGCCACUCUAACCGCACCAUCCACCACGGUGACACCUCCGAGACUGAGCCCAGUUUUCCAUAUCACCAGUGCUUUAUACGCUCGUAUUUUCCGUUCUGCCAGAGCUUCGUUGAUCUCGUCUCGUCUUCCCCUCGCGAGUCCGGGGAACCCUGUAAUCUACGACUCCGCAUAAUGUCGAGUCAGCGGCGGUGGGCGUCACGGCAUGGAUGCGAUGACGACCUGAUUCCUAGCGAUACCGCAGACGAGAAUUCCGUGCGAUUCUGGCCCCCGGAACGCCAGGAACCGGGUCAGAGUCAGGGCCAGGGUGCGGAUAGUCUCUAUAGCGGAGAUUAUCUGUCGCUGCUCAACGAGGUACUCAAUCCCAGCGGCUACUCGGGCGAGGUGGAUGCGACUGUGGACUAUAGUUCCAUCGUACAAAGGUCACGUAUUGCCAUCGAAAAGCAGGCCGGCACCCACCGAGCCAACUGUGACUGUGCUGAGUAA